UCAUUGAAAGUGUCAACCAACCAUAACACAACAAACGUCAAAACGUGCGUAUAACCUCAAUUCGUGUGUUGAAGAAACGUAAAUAUUUUAAGUAUUUGUGAAAUAUGGAUGAUUUACAGUUAAAUAUAUCGGUACCUAAAAAGGAUAAGAAGAAACCUAGUGCUCCUCAGAAGAAUGCGGGGGAAUACAAGUUUGUAUCUAACCCAAAGUUCACUGGUAAAACUAUAGCAAGGAAAAGGCCACAAAACUUGGCUCAAGUCAACCGUGCAGUCUUAAAAAAUGCAGAAGGGCCUCCAAAAAAGGUUGCAAAAGUUCAAGCUCCGGCUGAAGACAAAUCUGAUGAUUUAGGUGCUAAAUUAAGAGAUUUAAGUGAAAAUAAGGGUAAGUUUCAAGGGAAAAACUAUCAAGACCUCAGUGACACUAUACAGUUGAAACAAAACAAGCCUAGGAGUGGUGGUUGGAUAUCUUCUCUUUUCAAAAAUAAUCCGCAAGUGCCUCGUAUUGGUCAGCGGGCUAUCAAGCCUAUUGUGGAGCAGGUGUUUGCUGGCAAGACAUUCUCAGACUUGGAUAUACACCCACAUAGUGUUGCCAACCUGCAGCAGAACAUGGGUUUGAAGGAACUUAUGACAGUACAACAGAAUGCAAUACCGGUUAUAUUGCAGGGGCGAGAUGUUCUCAUUAGGUCACAGACUGGGUCAGGCAAGACGUUGGCAUAUGCUCUGCCAAUCAUAGAGGGGCUACAGGCCAUCAGACCAAAGAUAAACAGGAAUGAUGGUAUCAGGGUCAUAGUGGUGAUACCAACCAGAGAGCUUGCUGUUCAGACAUAUGAACUUUUUAUAAAGUUAGUUAAGCCAUUUCAUUGGAUUGUUCCUGGCUUACUAAGUGGAGGUCAAAAAAGGAAAGCAGAGAAAGCUAGAUUAAGGAAAGGAAUUAAUAUAUUGGUUGGCACCCCUGGACGCAUCAAUGACCACUUAAGACAUACAGCGUCUUUUAAUUUUGCAAAAACAGGUUGUUUAGUUUUGGAUGAAGCUGAUCGCCUACUAGAUAUGGGUUAUGAAAAAGACGUAGCAGCUAUCGUAAAAGCUAUUGAAGAUCACAAGAAAGCAGCAACGUACGAUCCUAUAGCUCUUAUGAAACAAAACGUUGUAAAGAAAAUACCUGAUGAAGAAGAAAAAGAAGAACCUAGUCUUAAUGAAAGCAGUGAAGAUAAAACUGAUAUAAAACAUCAUCUGACUGAUGUGUUUUUGUCUAAGGAAAAACAAACUAUUUUAUUGUCUGCUACACUUACAAAGGCUGUUGAAAAUUUAGCAGGAAUUACUCUAGUAAAUCCAGUCUUUGUUGAUACAUCUGAAGGUAAAGCUGUUAUAGCGGAUUCACUUAAGACUAAUGAAACCACUCAAAGUAAAAAUGCUAGUCCAGUAAAGAGUAACCCUGAAGCAAAAACUGAGCCAGAAAAACUAAAACCUGAAAAAUCUAAACCUGAAAAGAAAAUACAGGAAGAUUCUGAGGAAGAAGUAUUGUCUCAACCAGAAGUAAAGAAUACAGAAGCUAGAAGAGGGUUGAAAGCAUUCACAGGCUUAAACCAUCAAGACUUGUUCAAAGCUGAGAGUGCUUCACAAAAUAACGCAACAAAAGCCAGCGAUGUUCCAAAAGACAGUGACGACAGCAAUGACGAUGAUAGUGACAGUGACUCUGACUACGAAUACUUCAAAGCACAAAGACAACACGAACUUAAACACCCUAAAGUAGUGAAGGAGGAAAAAAGCGAAGAUGGUAGUGACGAUGACGAAAGUGACGCAGAACAGUCACCGGCUGUAAAUACCUUUGCCGCAGCUGUCAAAUCUGCCGUUGGUGAAGAUGAACUAGUACUACCAGCGACAGUCAAUCAGACCUUCCUUGUAGUCCCCAUGAAAUUAAGGCUUGUCACACUUUGUGGCCUUAUCGUCGAACACUGCGUAAUGAACAAGAAAGGCGGCAAAAUGAUCGUAUUCGUGGCUACAUUGGAAAUGGUCGAUUAUCUUUCUGAUUUAAUAGAAACAGCCCUAACUGGUAAAGAGGCUAAAGUUAAAAAGAAAAACCAAGAUAAGAGUAAAAAUUCUAAAGCAAAGAAAAGAAAAGCUGGUGAUGAUGAUGAUGAAGACGAUGAUGGUAAUAAUUCAUCGUCUGAUGAUUCAGAUGAUUUCAAAGUGGAAUACGAGGAGCCUACCGAAGGAGGUCUGGUGCCAAUCGACCUGGAUAUGUUUAGCUUACACGGGUCUAUGCCACAUGAACAGAGGAUGGAAGUUUUCAAACAGUUCCGUGCCGCUAGGAAUGGCGUUCUUAUUUGCACGGACGUAGCUGCAAGGGGUAUAGACGUGCCUCGAGUAGACCUCGUACUGCAGUUCUGCGUUCCAGCCUCAGCUACCGACUAUGUGCACAGGGUGGGACGCACAGGGCGCGCGGCUCAAGUGGGCGCCGCUGUAAUGUUCCUGCUGCCCAGCGAGGCUCGCUACAUCAGACAUUUGGAAGAGAAGAGGAUAAGACUGCGGCAAGGCGACGAGUCUCGCGCGCUAGAGGCGCUGCGCAGCGUGGUGCCGGCGGCGGCGACUGCGCAGCGCGCGGCCGUGGCCGUGCAGGCUCGGCUCGAGCACACCGCGCACACCAACAGGGACUGGCUGCUGAGGGCCAGCAGAGCUUACACAUCAUGGGUGCGUUUCUACGCGGGUUACCCCCGCGACGUCCGCGAAUAUCUGGACUCUAAACAACUGCACUUGGGUCACGCGGCCAAAGCGUUUGCUCUGCGCGACGCGCCCGCGACGCUCGCCCGGCGCGUGAAGUCCAACCCAGCGAAUAAGGAACGACCGACCAAUAGGUUGACUAUACAUGCAGAUGAAGAGAGGAAGAGGCCAGGGUUCCCAAAAGCAAAGUUCAAUUCAUUCGGCAGUCGCGUAACGAAACAGAGCUCCAUGCAUACGGCGAGCGAAUUCGAUAGCGGCCUGCCCCCAGUCGACCAAUCGCAACCCAAGAACAAGAAAAAGAAGAACAAAUGACAUUUAAAUAACAUAAGUCAUGCGAUUUAAUAUUAAAAAGGACCUUUGUAAAUAAAAACCAUUAACGACGCCGGUA